GAAGCGCGGCGGCGGGGUCAGAGGGCGCCGCUGUUGAUGUUGACACGGGCCCGGCGGCGGCGGUGGUGGCAGCGACCGCGCUCCGCGGCCCGACAACUCCGGCCUCGCCGCCGCAACCGCGGGGGGGCCUUGCCCAGGCCCCCCCGGCUCCGUGGGAACCGCCGGUAGCACCAGCGCCACCGGUACCCGCCGCCUCCCGCGGCCCGGCGGGGCCUCCCGGGCCCAGUUCACCCUUCCCCGGUUCCCCCCCCCAUCCCGUUCCCCCUUUUCCAGUUUCCCCUUCCCAGUUCCCCCCCCGGCGCCGCCCGAUGCGCGCCCCACCAUGACGAUCCUCCCGAAGAAGAAGCCGGUACCGGCACCCGACGGCGACACCGAUUCGGGCCCGGACGCCGGCCCCGAACGUGGAGCGGACGCCGGCCCUGAGCGCGGCCCCGGCGGCGUGGGCGAGCCCGGCGGCCCUGGCGGGGUUGGGGGGCCGCGGCCCAGGGCUUCGCCGCCGCCGCCGCUGCGGGGCUGGGCCGGGCUGCCCGCCGCCGGCUCGCCCCCCCCCGCCGGUCCUGGCGGCCCCGGCGGCGGCGGCCCCGGCGCGGGGGAUGGGCCCGGGUCUCUGCUGGGGCUGGAGGCGGCGGCGCUGGGGCUGCCCGAGCCCCGCGGUCCCGGUGGGGGCGGCGGCGGCGGCGGCCCCGGACACAGCAAGCGGCGGCGGCGCGGAGGGGCCGGGCCCAGCGGCGGCCCCGGUGGCGGCGGUCCCGGCUGCGGCGGCCCCGGCGGGAUGGGGCUGGGGCUGGGGCUGGGCCCCGGAGGCAGCCCCGGCCCCGACGAGGCGGGAGGCGGCUACAACAGCGAGGACGAGUACGAGGCUGGGCGGGUGGAGAUGGACCCGGCCACGGCCGAGCAGCAGGAGCACCGGUUCGAGAAGGCGCUGCGGGAAAAGAAAGGCUUUAUCAUCAAACGCAUGAAGGAGGACGGUGCCUGCCUCUUCCGGGCUGUGGCUGACCAGGUGUAUGGAGACCAGGACAUGCACGAGGUGGUGCGCAAGCACUGCAUGGACUAUCUGAUGAAGAACGCCGACUACUUCUCUAACUACGUGACGGAGGAUUUUACCACCUACAUCAACCGCAAGCGCAAGAGCACGUGCCACGGGAACCACAUCGAGAUGCAGGCCAUGGCCGAGAUGUACAACCGCCCCGUCGAGGUCUACCAAUACGGCACCGAGCCCAUCAACACCUUCCACGGGAUUCAGCACAACGAGGAUGAGCCCAUCCGGGUCAGCUACCACCGCAACAUCCACUACAACUCCGUUGUCAACCCCAACAAGGCCACCAUCGGUGUGGGGCUGGGGCUGCCCUCCUUCAAACCGGGGCUGGCGGAGCAGUCCCUGAUGAAGAGCGCCAUCAAGACCUCGGAGGAGUCCUGGAUCGAGCAGCAGAUGCUGGAGGACAAGAAGCGGGCGACCGACUGGGAGGCCACCAACGAGGCCAUCGAGGAGCAGGUGGCCCGCGAGUCCUACCUCCAGUGGCUGCGUGACCAGGAGAAGCAGGCCCGGCAGCCCCGUAAGGCCAGCGCCACGUGCAGCUCGGCCACGGCGGCAGCGGCCAGCGGCCUGGAGGAGUGGAGCGGGCGCUCGCCCCGGCCCCGCAGCGCCGCCCCCUCGCCCGAGCACCCCGGCCUGCACCCCGAGGCGUCCGGCCACAAGCCCCCCUCGCCCAGCGCCCCCCCGCCCGGCAAGCCCCCCUCGCCCUGUGCCCCAGGGACCAGCAGCCAGCUGGGGGCGGGUGGAGGCCGGGCCACCCCCCCACUGGUGUCCCUGUACCCCGCGCUGGAGUGCCGUGCCAUCAUGCAGCAGAUGUCUCCCACCGCCUUUGGCCUGAACGACUGGGAGGAUGACGAGAUCCUGGCGUCGGUGCUGGCCGUCUCGCAGCAGGAGUACCUGGAGACCAUGAAGACCUCCCGCCACAGAGACCCCGCUGCCGACAAGAGUUGAUAUUGAAUCCCUGGACUGCACCCCGGCCCCCCACCGCCGCCCCCCCGGCCCCCCCCAGGGACCUCUAGGUGCAUGGCGGCCCAGGCCGGGGGGAGCGUUUUAUUUUGGGGAACCCCCCUCCCCACUUUCAUGGGACACCUCCUGACCGGGGAGGGGAGGGGGACACAGCGCUGGACGCCGCGGGACAAACCUCGGCAGUUUUGGGGGGCGGGGGGGAAAAGCCCCCCCUGCCCCCCUAAUUACACCUGGAAGGAAGAGGGGGGACUGGGAGAAGGGGGGGGGAGGGUGGGGGGCUCCUAUUUUUUGUAGGCUCUCCCCUUUAUUUCCUGGUGGGAUUGUGUGUGUGGGGAGAGGGGGGUCACCCUCUUUGCCCCCCACCCCUGCUGGGGGUCCUGCACCCCACCCCGGCCCCUCAGCCCCCCAGGGUGAGGGAGGGUUGGGGUGGGGGUCCUGCCCCCCGACACCCAUCUAUGCCCUGUUAUUAAACUGAUGCCCAGCA